GAUGAGAGACGGGGCACCUUCAGCAGUCUUUGGUUUGUCAAAGGUACUACUGCCACAACCAUGUUCCGUGUGUGCGUCAUCCUUGCCCUGGCCUCCAGCGCCCUUGCUGGAUACCUUCACGGUGGCUAUAGCCUUGGCAGUGGUGUCGGCCUCAGCAAUGGUGCUGCCCUCGGUAGCGGCGUUGGCCUCGGUAGCGGUGUUGGCCUCGCCAGCUAUGGUAUUAGUCACGGAAUUGGCUACUCCGGCCUCACCGGCUUCGGUGCCGGCAACGGCCUUGCCUACGGACCAUCCGCCAGCUACGCCGUAGCUGCUCCAGCUCGUACCGUCUCCACUUACCAGGCUGCUCCAGCCGUGACCACUGUUCAGAAUGCUCCAUCCGUCGCUACCUACGCCGCGGCACCAGUCGCCACCUACCAGUCAGCUCCAGCUGUGUCCCGCGUGACCAGCUACCAGUCCGCUCCACUUGUGGCCGCUGCCCCAGCUGUUUCCACCACCUACCACGCUGCUCCAGCGGUCGCUACCUAUGCCGCUGCUCCAGCUGUGUCCCGCUACACCACAUACCAGUCGGCUCCAGCUGUCGCUACCUACGCUGCUCCAGCUGUCUCCCGCGUCACCUACCAAGCCGCCCCAGCUGUAACUAAGGUCUACCAGAGCGCCCCAGCUGUGUCCCGCGUCACCGCCUUCCAGGCGGCUCCAGCUGUAGCUACUUACGCUUCUCCAGCUGUCUCCCGCGUCACCUACCAGAGUGCCCCAGUCGUCGCUGCUGCCCCAGCUGUGUCCCGCGUCACCACCUACCAGUCUGCUCCAGCUGUCGCUACCUACGCUGCUCCAGCUGUCUCCCGCGUCACGUACCAGGCUGCCCCAGCUGUGACUAAGCUCUACCAGAGUGCACCAGUCGUCGCUUCUGCCCCAGCUGUGUCCCGCGUCACCACCUACCAGGCUGCUCCAGCGGUCGCUACCUACGCUGCUCCAUCUGUCUCCCGCGUCACCUACCAGAGCACCCCAGUAGUCGCUGCUGCCCCAAGCGUGUCGCGCUUCACCACCUACCAGUCUGCUCCAGCUGCCACUGCCUACGCUGCCCCAACUGUUACCAAAGUCUUCCAGUCUGCCCCAGCCGUCGCCACCGUGGCCGCUGCUCCAGCUGUGUCCCACGUAACUACCUACCAGUCUGCCCCAGCUUUGGCCACCGUCUCCCACGCUGCCCCAGUCGCCACCUACGCCGCAGCCCCAGCUGUCGCUACCGUCAACGCUGCCCCAACCGUUGCCACCGUCCACCACGCCCCAGCUGUGGCCACCGUGGGCCACGCUGCACCAGCCUACAAUGCCUACCAGACCGCCCCCGUCUACGGCUAUGGUGUUGGAAACCUCGGCUACGGAGCCGGACAUUAUGGCUUCGGCCAUGGCUUUGGUGUGUAUGGCCUGAACUACGGCUAUGGUCUUGGCACUCCAUUCGACUACAACACUCUCCUCCGCAGGAAGAAGUAA